AAGUCUAAACCAUCACUAAACGAAUGGUUGUUAAGUGAGGAUUACCUGUAUUGUGGUUUGUCUUAGGCUUUUGUGCACGGCCGGCCAACGCUGCCCCCAACGAGCAGGUCCCUAGCCAGGCCCACCGAGAUCCCUUGCGGAUUUCAUGGAGACAGCAACGCUCCUCCCUUCUCACCUUAGGAGAAGCACCGGCUGGGGUUCCGUCAUGUCCUGUUUCACCCAAGUCUGGCACACGGAUGUGCCAGAAUCUCCUGUGUCUCCCCUGAGUCCCGUCCUGGCUGCCCCCCACGAGAGACCGAUCCCGCUCAGCCCAAUAGUCAUCACCUCUCCCUCCACGGAAGACCGACCCGGGGUGUGUUCGCCCGUCGGCUCCCCGGUGGAGGGCAAGACCAGGCUGGGCUCCCCCACGGACAGGCCCACCUCGCCCGUCGAGUGCUCCAUCUGCUUCAACACCUAUGACAACCUCUUCAAGACGCCCAAGGUCCUCCAGUGCCAUCACACCUUCUGCCUGGAGUGCCUGGCCCGGCUGACGGCCGCCCUGCCUCCCAACCAGGUGGAGGACCAGCUGCCCUGCCCCUUCUGCAGGCAGCUCACCGACAUGCCGCUCGACGGAGCUCCCGGCCUCCAGACGAGCAGAGACGUGCUGGCGACGCUGCCGCCCGAGCUGCAGAAGGAGAAGACCCUUUGGAUGGAAGGGACCAAGCUGUGCUGCCGGCAGUCCUCCGACCCGGAGCACGCCAAUGCCUGCAUCGCCAUCGACAUCGCCCCCAGAAAGCCCGAGGUGCCCGAGACCCCGACGGAAGGCUUCCUGGGGCGCCUCUCCCGCUGCUCCAUGUGUGACGACUGGAAGCGUGUCCUCCUGCUCUCGGUGCUGAUCAUCAUCCUCUUCUGCAUCAUCCUGUGGCCGGUCCAGUGCCUCAUGAAGACGGGGAAUUUGCGCUGCAUCCACAAAUUCACGCUCCCGCGGCCAAAUCACGCGCCUUACCAUCUCACCACCCAGGCCCCUGCGCUGGACGUCACCAGGUUCGUGGAGUGAUCGGAGGGGGCCGUGCGGUGCCGC